CCUCGAGUUCCCAACAUGGCAGACAAAACAGUAACAGCGACAAAGAAGACAGCCGCUGAACUCGACGAGGAAAUCGAUGAAUUCAUGAAAGAGAGGUCCAGUGGUAAAAAGCGUGUCAUCACUUUCACAGAAGAAAAUUGGGAAGAGGAAUUUGAGAAAACACCUGCUUUUAUGACAAAAACUCCUACACAGGAAGAAAUAGAUAACAACCCAGCCUUAGCAGCCCUUCAAGCUAUGAAAUAUGAAGACGAAGACCCUGUAGCAAGAGCAGAAGCAUACAAAGAAGAUGGUAACUAUGAGUACAACAGAAAAAAAUUCAAGGAAGCGAUUGCUGCAUAUACUGAGGGAAUCAAGGUGAAAUGUGAUGAUGCUCAUCUCAAUGCCAUCCUCUACACAAACAGAGCAACAGCACAAAUAUGUCUGGGAAAUAAUCGUAGUGCCCUCAAUGAUGCCACAGCUGCAAGGAAGCUAGAACCAACUUACAUGAAGGCUUUAAUUAGAGGUGCCACUGCUUGUGUGGAGCUUCAAAAAUUUGAGGAUGCUGUAAAAUGGUGUGAUGAGGGAUUAGCUAUUGAAGCUCAAAACCAACAGCUUUUGGAUUUAAGGAAAAAGGCUGUUGCAGAACAGAAAAGGGUGCUGAGAGAUCAACGAAAAGCAGUGUUAAAGGAAAAGAAAGAAAGAUCUGAAGCAGAGGCUUUGAAAUCAGCAGUUAAGGCCCGAGGAGUCACUUUGGAGCAUGAGGAUGACCUGUUGAGGCCCAUGGCCGAUGGGGGACUGGACAUCAAGGUCUCUUUGGACAGUAGUGGUAUACUUCACUGGCCAGUCAUGUUUGUUUAUCCUGAGUUUGAAGAGACCGACCUGAUAUCUUCAUUUAAUGAGAAUGACAGAAUGGCAGAUCAUCUGUGUGCCAUGUUUGACCAAGAAUCUCCUCCCUGGGACAAAGAAAGGAAGUACACUCUUGCAAAUAUCGAGGUUUAUUUUGAGGACUCGGCAAGAGAAAAGCUUUGUUUGGUGAAAAAUAGUAGCUGCCUGAAAGAUAUACUAUCGGACUCGAGGUUUGUGGUAAAACAGAGAACACCGUCGUUUAUUAUCCUAAGUAAAGAGUCUUCAUUCCGGACAACUUUCCUCCAGCGAUGUCAAGUUGAACGAUAACACGUGCAUUCGGUACAACGUCGGGUCUACGUCCGUAGCACCUCAAGGUACUUCGAGGAGAUGCCGAAGGGUCUCCGAUUCAAGUUGUCGAGUGAAAGAACAAUGCGGGGAUUUGAGACCAUUCCGCCUAGUAAAAUGUCGUCUUUAAACAUUGUAUUGACUUAUUCUAUGUUGGCGUGCUAAUCACACGUGAAAAAUAUGGACAGUAACUAAACGCAAUGCAUUUUUUUUCAUACGUUGGGAUAGUAAUUGUCCAUAGAAAAAUCUUAUAUACAUAACGGACUUUUCUAAAGGACCUUACUUCAAGCUGGUGACCGAAAAAUUUCAAUACAUCAUUGUAAAUGAGAAGAUAUUGUAAAUUUAAUUCAAUAUAGAUUAGAAAUGUAAAGAUUUCGAAAUGUUCAAACAUCGUAAUGAAAGGCGCGCGCGAAACUCUUUAUUUUAGGCGGGAAAAACGCAACAAAAGUCAAUACGAUGGAACGAGUUUUCGAAAAUGAAGGUGGCAAAUACAAGAUUGCGACAAUUUUGCAGGAGUACAAGUUUUCUCUGGACAAAGCUCAAUUCUUUCCAUCAAUAAUAACUGUUCAGACUUACAUGUAAUUGCUCAUAGCCUUCACAGUAAAACUUCACGAGGUAUUUAUUUUCUUAGCAAUUCGCUGGAAACUUAAAGUCAAAAUUCGUACU